AUGUGUGCAGCCAGGUUCAGCGGCUGCCACAACGGCUGCGCAGAGGAGGCCCCCGCCGGCCCCGCCGUGGCCUCCAGGAUGCUGGACUGGAGCGAGGCCGGUCCCCGCAUCCUCCACAGCCUGGAGAUGGGGACGGUGAUGACCGUCUUCUACCAGAAGAAGUCCCAGCGGCCCGAGAGGAGAACGUUCCAGAUCCGACAGGACACAAGGCAGAUAGUGUGGAGCCGGAACCCGGACAAACUGGAGGGAGAAGUCGACAUACGGGAGAUCCGGGAGCUGCGGUUGGGGAAGGGCUCCCGUGAUUUCGAGCGCUACCCGGAGGAGGCUCGUAAAGUGGACUCCGCCCACUGCUUCAUCGUGCUCCACGGCCUGGAGUUUCGCCUGCGGACACUGAGCGUGGCAGCCUUCAGUGAGGAAGAGGUCAACAUGUGGAUCACUGGACUGAACUGGCUGAUGAUGGACACCCAGAGAGCGCCGGCCCCACAGCAGAUCGACAGGUGGCUCAGGAAACAGUUUGAAGUCAUGGACAGGAACCACGAGGGCAGCAUCACGGUGAAGGACGUCAAAGCCCUGCUGCCUCAGAUCAACUACAGAGUGCCCAACAUGCGCUUUCUCAAAGACAAACUCCAGGAGGUGGAGGCCAGGAGCGAGCUGUCCUACCCCAACUUUGCACAGCUCUACAGGACGCUGAUGUUCGACGCUCAGAGGAGUAUAAUUGAGCAGCUGGAGCUCUCCUUUCCCCUGCGAAAUGUGGACCGGCCCGAGCUCUGUCAGAUCUCCUUUUAUGACUUUCAGAAGUUCCUACAGAUGGACCAGAAGGAGGCCUGGGCGUCGGACCUGAGUCGUGUCAGGGAGUUUCUGGUGGGUUACAUGAGGGCGGGCCCGCAGCCGGAGCCGAUGCUGCAGCUAGAUGAGUUCCUGACCUUCCUGUUCUCCAAAGAGAACUCUGUGUGUGACCCCAGGCUAUCCCCAGUGGUCCCUGAUGAUAUGAAAAGGCCGCUGUCUCAGUACUGGAUCUCCUCCUCACACAACACCUACCUGACAGGUGACCAGUUCUCCAGUGAGUCCUCUCUGGAGGCCUAUGCUCGCUGUCUGAGGAUGGGCUGCCGCUGCAUCGAACUGGACUGCUGGGACGGGCCUGACGACCUUCCAAUCAUCUACCACGGCCACACGUUAACCUCAAAAAUCAAAUUUCUGGAUGUGCUGCACACCAUUAAAGACCAUGCAUUCGUCACAUCAGAGUAUCCUGUGAUCCUGUCCAUUGAGGACCACUGCAGUGUGGUCCAGCAGAGGAACAUGGCCACUCACUUUAAGAAGGUCUUCGGAGACCUGCUGCUCACAAAGCCAGUCGACAGCAACGCCGACGAGCUCCCUUCACCUCACCAGCUCAGGAGGAAGAUCCUCAUCAAGCACAAGAAGCUGGUGGAGGGAACCCUGUACGAAGAGGUGACGUCGGCCAGCUACUCUGAAAAUGACAUCAGCAACUCGCUAAAGAACGGCAUCCUUUACCUGGAGGACCCCAUCGACCACACGUGGACGCCACACUAUUUCGUCCUGACAAGUAAUAAGAUUUAUUAUUCGGAGGAGACGUCUCGCUACCAGACGACUGAUGAAGAGGAGGACGAGGACGGAAAGGAAGAAUGCAACAACAACGAGCAGCACUGUGCGGAGCGCUGGUUCCACGGGAAGCUGGGCGGGGGUCGCGACGGUCGGCAGGUGGCUGAGAAACUCCUGCAAGAGUACUGCGAGGGCGGGGCCAAAGACGGCACCUUCCUGGUGCGGGAGAGCGAGACGUUCGUCGGGGAUUACACCCUGUCCUUCUGGCGUUCCGGUCGGGUCCAGCACUGCAGGAUCCACUCGCGUCAGGAGUCCGGCUCCACCCGCUACUACCUGACGGACAACCUGGUGUUCGACAGCCUUUAUCGCCUCAUCUGCCACUACAGAGACACGCCGCUGCGCUGCAACGAGUUUGAGAUGAGGCUGGGCAGCCCUGUGCCGCAGCCCAACGCUCAUGAGAGCAGAGAGUGGUAUCACUCCAGUCUGUCCCGGGUCCAGGCCGAGCACAUGCUGAUGCGCGUCCCCAGAGACGGAGCCUUUUUGGUGCGAAAACGCAGCGAGCACAACUCCUACGCCAUCUCCUUCAGGGCAGAGGGAAAGAUCAAACACUGCCGCAUCCAGCAGGAGGGCCGCCUCUUCAUGCUGGGCAGCUCGGCAGAGUUCGAGAGUCUGGUGGAUCUGGUGAGCUAUUAUGAGAAGCACCCACUCUACCGCAAGAUGAGGCUCCGCUACCCCAUCAAUGAAGACACUCUGGACCGGAUGGGCACCACGGAGCUGGACUAUGGAGCUCUGUACGAAGUCCGAACUCCUCACUUCUAUGUGGAGGCCAAUAAGAUGCCAACAGCACGGUGUACGGUCAAGGCUCUGUACGACUACCGAGCUCAGAGAGAAGACGAGCUCUGUUUCCCCAAACAGGCGCUCAUCCUCAACGUGGACAAGCAGGACGGCGGCUGGUGGAGGGGCGACUAUGGAGGAAAGAAGCAGCUGUGGUUUCCUGCAAACUACGUGGAGGAGGUGUCCAGCUCCCCCACCAGAGAAGUGGAUGAAGUGUCAACAGAGAACAGUCCUCUGGGAACGUUCCUCAAAGGCUUUAUUGAUGUGCCCACCUGCCAUGUUGUGGUGCAUAAAGACGGGAAGAACUCGCGGGCCUUCGUGUUCACCAUCCACUCCCAGCACCUGUCCUCCCACCCGGUCCAGACUCUGGAUGUGGCGGCCGAAGGCCUGGAGGAUCUCACCGGCUGGGUCAGCAAGAUCAGAGAGGCGGCUCAGAACGCCGAUGCUCGGAUGCAGGAGGAGAAGCAGAUGGAGAGGAGGAAGAAGAUUGCGGUGGAGUUGUCGGAGCUGGUGGUGUACUGCAGACCCGUCCCCUUCAAUGAAGACAAGAUUGGGACGGAGCGGGCCUGUUACCGGGACAUGUCCUCCUUCCCGGAGACCAAGGCAGAGAAGUUUGCCACCCGCAGCCGGGGGAAGCGCUUCCUGCAGUACAACCGCCGCCAGCUGUCCAGGGUUUACCCCCGAGGGCAGAGGCUGGACUCGUCCAACUACGACCCGCUGCCCAUGUGGCUCUGCGGCUCCCAGCUGGUCGCACUGAAUUUUCAGACUCCAGAUAAACCCAUGCAGCUCAACCAGGCUUUGUUCCUGCUGGGAGGCGGCUGUGGCUUUGUUCCCCAGCCCGACAUCAUGAGGGACGACACCUUCGACCCCUUUGACAAAGACACGCUUCAUGUGGAGCCGGUUACAGUCCAGCUGCAGGUUCUGGGAGCUCGCCAUCUGCCCAAAAACGGCCGCAGCAUCGUGUGCCCCUUUGUGGAGGUGGAAAUCUGUGGAGCUGAGUACGACAGCUGCAAAUACAAGACGGACGUCGUAGCUGACAAUGGGCUGAAUCCCGUGUGGGUGCAGAGGCAGUUUGUGUUCGACAUCCACAACCCCACCUUCUCCUUCCUGCGCUUCACCGUGUACGAGGAGGACAUGUUCAGCGACCCCAACUUCCUGGCCCAGGCCACGUACCCGGUCCGUCUGCUGCGGACAGGCUACAGGAGUGUGCCUCUGAAGAACAGCUACAGCGAGGAGCUGGAGCUGGCUGCCCUGCUGGUCCACGUGGAGAUCAUCAACCCAAAGGAGGAAGACGAGGAGAACUUGUACACAUCCAUCCAGCGGCUUCGGGACCGGACCAGCGAGCUGUCCACCCAGGUGUCCCUCCUGGAGAGGUCCGGCCCGGCAGACCUGAGCUAUCAGCAGAGUCUGGAGGAGCUGCGAGCGGCUCAGGACCAGCUGAGCGAGCUGGUGGAGGCCCGGAACCGCAGGCUGAUGGAGAAGAAGAGGAGGGACAAGCUGAGGCAGCAGGUGGCAGCAAAGCGUAGCUAA